AUGCGCUUGGUUGUGCCACGUGGUCCCUCCAUUGCCGUUAAACCUCCCGUGAAAUACAAAACACUCUCUAAGAAGAGGAGAGGCAAGCCAGCCACUGCUUCUUCAUCACAAAUCAUUCUCUCUCUUUCGAUGGAAGCAGCAGUGCCAAGGCUCGUCUACUGUGGACCCCAACCAACUCGAUUCUCCUUCUCCUCCCGCCGCUCCUUCGUCUCCAGCAUCCCUCACCGUAACCGCUCUCGCCGGAUUCUAGCCGUAGCUACUGAUCCCAAACCUACACAGACCACCCCACCCAAGUCCACCUCUGCGUCAAUACCACUCAACAACAACGUUUCCACGAGAAUCAACGAUGUGUCAAAAGAGAUUAAGAGAGUGAGAGCUCAAAUGGAAGAAGAUGAACAGUUAUCUGUAUUGAUGAGAGGCCUUCGUGGCCAGAACUUGAAGGAUUCCACUUUCGCCGAUGAUAGUAUUCAGCUUAGGCUUGUAGAGACUGGUGAGAGCAGUGAGUUUCUACCUUUGGUGUAUGAUCCGGCUACCAUUUCUGCUUAUUGGGGGAAACGGCCUCGUGCUGUCGCUAGCCGAGUUAUCCAGUUGCUCUCAGUCGCUGGCGGGUUUCUCUCUCGCCUUGCUGGGGAUGUGAUCAACAAGAAAGUCAAAGAGAAUGAGGUUGCUAGAGCAAUUGAAUUGAGGGAAAUUGUUACUUCUUUGGGUCCCGCUUACAUUAAACUUGGACAAGCUUUGAGUAUUCGACCAGAUAUACUGUCUCCUGCAGCAAUGACAGAACUACAGAAGCUCUGUGACAAGGUCCCGUCAUUUCCUGAUGAUGUAGCAAUGGCUCUUAUCGAGGAGGAGCUUGGGAAGCCGUGGCAUGAAGUUUACUCAGAGCUCUCUCCUUCCCCAAUCGCUGCGGCAUCUCUGGGACAAGUGUACAAGGGAAGACUAAAGGAAAAUGGGGAUCUGGUGGCAGUGAAAGUACAAAGGCCUUUUGUUCUUGAGACUGUGACUGUUGACUUGUUUGUUAUACGCAAUUUGGGUCUAUUUCUACGGAAGUUCCCUCAGGCAAGUUUUCGUCUGAUGGCUCAGCUUAUGUGUGCUCUUUCACCAUUUAUCUUGCUGACUUUCGUUCUUUCGGGAAUUUUCAUGCAGGUUUCUGUAGAUGUUGUUGGACUGGUUGAUGAAUGGGCUGCUCGGUUUUUUGAGGAGCUGGAUUAUGUUAACGAGGGAGAAAAUGGUACAUAUUUUGCAGAGAUGAUGAAGAAAGAUCUCCCACAAGUUGUUGUACCAAAAACCUACCAAAAUUACACGUCAAGGAAGGUUCUUACAACACAGUGGAUUGAUGGCGAGAAACUGUCACAAAGUAUUGAGAGUGACGUUGGAGAGCUUGUGAAUGUUGGUGUUAUUUGUUAUCUAAAGCAGUUGCUUGAUACUGGGUUUUUCCAUGCUGACCCUCAUCCUGGAAAUAUGAUUCGUACCCCAGACGGGAAGCUUGCCAUUCUCGAUUUUGGUCUUGUUACGAAAUUGACUGAUGAUCAGAAGUACGGAAUGAUUGAAGCCAUUGCACACUUAAUUCACAGAGAUUAUGAUGCCAUUGUCAAAGAUUUUGUCAAACUUGGUUUCAUCCCUGAUGGGGUCAAUCUGGCACCUAUAUUACCUGUCCUGGCCAAGGUUUUUGAUCAGGCACUCGAAGGUGGUGGGGCUAAAAACAUCAACUUCCAGGAGUUGGCAGCAGAUUUGGCGCAGAUAACUUUUGACUAUCCUUUCAGAAUUCCACCUUAUUUCGCUCUUAUAAUCAGAGCAAUUGGUGUGCUUGAAGGGAUAGCUCUAGUGGGGAAUCCUGAAUUUGCUAUUGUGGACGAGGCUUAUCCUUAUAUCGCUCAGAGGCUCCUGACCGAUGAAUCACCUCGCCUGAGGGAGGCUUUACGGUACACAAUAUAUGGGAAGACUGGCGUUUUUGAUGCUGAGAGAUUCAUCGAUGUGAUGCAAGCUUUUGAGACUUUCAUUACAGCAGCCAAAAGUGGAGGAGGGGAAGAUAUGAAUGGAGGCAUGGCCGAGCUGGCUCUUCUUCAAAACCACACAAGUAGUUUGGUUCCUGCGUUUCCAGCCAGUGCAUCCCAACCGAACCAGCCAGCUCAAACAAGAGUCGCUUUGUCGUUUCUGCUUUCCGAGAAAGGAAACUUUUUCCGCGAGUUUCUACUGGAUGAGAUAGUCAAAGGCAUCGAUGCAAUCACGAGAGAACAGCUGGUGCAAGCAAUGGCGGUCUUUGGAUUCAGAAACGCUCCACCAGUAUUUGGUAUGGUACCAACACUAGGACCCUUCAGGCCUGCAGCACUUCUUCCAUCUGUAACAGAGGAAGACAAAGUCAUCUUGAACAAUGUUCAGAAAGUAAUCGAGUUCCUUACCGCAAGAAGCUCCAUGUCGAAUAACCCUGAUCAGGUAGUAGAUGUAUCUCAAGUGGUUCGGGAACUGCUUCCUGUGUUGCCUGGAAUCUCUGCGACAGUAUUGCCAGAGAUCAUGAGUCGGCUUGGGUCAAGAGUCAUGGCGAGAAUAGUUCGGGAUACCUUUUUGUAA